UUUAAUCUCCCUCCUUCGUCCUCCUCUCUCCCAUUUUUUCGUUCCGUCUACUGUAAUAGCUAUGGAACUCAGUUAAACUUUUCUACGCCCAUUUCUCCCUUAGUUCUUCUUGAGCCUUAAACUUAAACCCUUUUCUAUCUCUUUGUACCUCAAUGAUCAUGGGGUUUAAGCUUUCGUUUAUCGUUCUCAUAGUGUCUCAUCUUCUCUUUCUUUGCUCUGACGCCAUAGUAGACCGAAACAAAGCUUACUCAGAUAGAGAAGCCCUUCUUUCCUUCAAGGUAUCUCUUGAAAAUCCUCACAUUCUUUCUUCAUGGAACUCAUCAACCCCAUACUGUAACUGGGUCGGUGUUUCUUGCCAGCUUGGACGGGUAGACUCGCUCGCUCUCCCAGCUCUGUCCCUGAAAGGCCCACUUUCUCCCUCUGUUUUCUCUCUCAGCAGCGUCACCGUCCUCGACCUCUCCUCGAAUCUUUUCCAUGGGGAAAUCCCACCUCUGGCAUUCAGUCUUAAACGCUUGAAGAAGCUGUUACUCGGUGACAACCUCUUGUUCGGGGAAAUUCCGAGUCAGUUAAGUGAGUGGACUCAGUUGCAAACCCUCAUGCUCGGACACAACUCGUUCAGUGGGAAAAUUCCUCCGGAGCUGGGGAGAUUGGCUGAGCUCGAGACACUUGAUCUCGCUGGAAAUGCUCUCACUGGAAAUAUUCCUCCCCAGAUUGGAAACUUAAGCAAACUCCUAUUUUUGGACCUUAGCAGUAAUCUUCUAUCAGGUUCUCCUCCAUUGCCCCUCUUUAUAAAUCUCCAUGCUUUAUCUUCGUUGGACAUAUCAAACAACUCGUUUUCUGGUACAAUCCCACCUGAGAUUAACAACCUGAAGAAUCUCACCGACCUCUACAUUGACAUUAACCAUUUCUCUGGCCAGUUGCCUCGGGAAAUUGGUGACCUUUCCCGCCUCCAAAACUUCUUUGCUCAUUCUUGUUUUAUAACUGGCCCGCUGCCCCAGGAGUUAUCUAAGUUGCAAUCACUAAGUAGACUUGAUCUUUCCUACAACCCUUUAAAGUGUUCGAUCCCAAAGUCCAUCGGGAAGUUGCAGAACUUGAGUAUUCUGAUUAUGGUUUCUUCCGAGCUAAACGGGUCUGUUCCUCCUGAGCUGGGAAUGUGUAAGAAUUUGAGGACUCUGAUGCUUUCCUUCAAUACACUAUCCGGAUCGUUGCCCGAGGAGCUUUCUGAGCUUCCUAUGCUGACCUUUUCUGCUGAAAAGAACCAACUUUCUGGGCCAUUGCCUUCUUGGCUCGGAAAAUGGAACCAAGUGGAUUCACUUUUGCUUGGGAGUAACCUGUUUUCUGGCGAAAUCCCCCCUGAAAUUGGCAAUUGUUCUCUGCUUAGGGACCUUAGUUUGAGCAACAACCUGUUGACUGGUCGAAUACCGAAGGAGCUCUGCAAUGCGUUGUCGCUCAUGGAGAUUGAUCUCGCCAGCAAUUUUCUCACUGGUAAUAUUGAUAACACUUUUCUGAAGUGCACUAAUCUUACUCAGUUGGUCUUAGUGGAUAACCAGAUUGUUGGUCAAAUACCUGAAUACCUGUCAAACCUUCCAUUGAUGGUGCUUGACAUUGAUUCGAAUAAUUUCACGGGUACAAUUCCCAUCAGUAUCUGGUACUCAAAUAAUUUAAUGGAAUUGUCAGCGGCAAAUAAUCAGUUGGGGGGCUGUCUGCCUGAGGAGAUUGGCAGGGCAGCUGCACUGGAGAGGCUUGUUCUCAGUGAUAAUCACCUAUUUGGCACUAUACCUAAACAGGUUGGAAAGCUUACCAGUCUUUCUGUUCUUAACAUGAACUCAAAUCUUCUUGAAGGAACAAUCCCAACUGAGCUUGGCAUGUGCACCGCACUAACCACAUUGGACCUUGGAAACAACCUUCUCCACGGGCCUAUACCAGAGAAUCUGGCAGAAUUGGGUCAACUACAAUGCCUGGUUCUUUCUCACAACAAUCUGUCAGGGUCAAUUCCUUCCAAGGCUUUCUAUUUCCGUCAAAUUGAUAUCCCUGAUCUGAGCUUUAUUCAACACCGUGGAGUUUUUGAUCUGUCAUACAAUAUGCUGUCAGGCACAAUACCUGAGGAGUUGGGGAACUGUGUGGUUGUGGUAGACCUUUUGCUAAGCAAUAACAUGCUUUCCGGGGAAAUUCCAAGAUCACUCUCUCGUCUGACAAAUCUUACAGCAUUGGAUUUAUCUGGGAAUUUGCUCACUGGCUCCAUUCCUCCAGAAUUUGGUGAUUUGCGUAAGCUGCAAGGAUUGUAUAUGGGAAGUAAUAAGCUAUCUGGUACCAUCCCCUCGAAAAGAUUGGGAGAUUUGAGCAGUUUGGUAAAGCUGAACUUGACUAAUAAUAAGCUGUCAGGUUCAGUACCAACAAGUUUUGGAAACUUAAAAGGGCUAACUCAUUUGGAUUUGAGUUAUAAUGAGCUCAGUGGGAAGCUACCUUCAUCUCUCUCGAGCCUGCUUAACCUUGUAGGGCUUUAUGUCCAACAGAACAGGCUUUCUGGACAGGUUGAUCAGCUUUUCUCAAAUUCUAUAGCGUGGAGGAUAGAAACGAUGAACCUCAGCAACAACUUUUUUGAUGGGGAAUUGCCAGAGUCUUUAGGAAAUCUGUCAUAUUUGACAUAUUUGGAUUUUCAUUCAAAUAUGUUUCAGGGAGGCAUUCCAACGGAGUUGGGGAAUCUGAUGCAGCUCCAGUAUCUCGAUGUUUCAAGGAACAAGCUCUCCGGACAGAUUCCAGAGAAAAUAUGUGGGCUGGUCAAUCUGUUCUUCCUGAGCUUGGCUGAAAAUAGUUUGGAAGGGCCUAUUCCCACAAGUGGAACUUGCCUUAAGUUGUCAAAUUCUUCACUUGCUGGGAACAAAAACCUCUGUGGAACAAUUAUGGGAUUUGAUUGCAAAAUAAAUAGCUUUGAAAAGUCUGCAUGGUUAAGUUCCAGGGGACGUCUAGCUGCAGCUGUAGUGGGAAGUAUUGUAAUUGUCCUUUUUCUAGCAAUUGCUCUUGCUAGACAUGUUACAAGAAACAAGAGGCAAACUGAUGCUGAAGAAGCUGAGGAAAGCAAGCUUAACAGUUUUCUAGAUCAAAAUCUUUAUUUCCUUAGUAGCAGCAGAUCAAAGGAACCUUUGAGCAUCAACCUGGCCAUGUUUGAGCAGCGCCUCUUGAAAUUGACCUUAGUCGAUAUUCUUGAAGCAACCAACAACUUCUGCAAGACAAACAUUAUUGGAGAUGGAGGUUUUGGAACAGUGUACAAAGCUACUCUGCCUGAUGGGAAAAUAGCUGCAGUCAAGAAGCUAAGUGAAGCCAAAACACAAGGUCAACGAGAAUUCAUUGCUGAAAUGGAAACUCUGGGAAAGGUAAAGCACCAUAAUCUAGUCCCUUUGCUCGGGUACUGUUCUAUUGGUGAGGAAAAGCUUCUUGUUUAUGAGUACAUGGUGAAUGGGAGCUUAGACCUCUGGCUGAGAAACAGGACUGGAGCUCUUGAAGUCCUAACCUGGGAUAAACGGUUCAAAAUUGCAACCGGCGCUGCACGUGGGCUAGCUUUUCUUCAUCAUGGAUUCAUUCCCCACAUCAUUCACAGGGACAUAAAAGCUAGCAACAUCUUACUCAAUGAAGACUUUGAACCAAAGGUUGCGGAUUUCGGGCUGGCUAGAUUGAUAAGUGCUUGUGAGACUCACAUUACAACCGAAGUUGCUGGAACAUUUGGUUACAUUCCACCUGAGUAUGGACAGAGUGGGAGGUCCACAACAAGUGGUGAUGUUUAUAGUUUUGGUGUGAUCUUGCUUGAAUUAGUGACAGGGAAAGAGCCAACUGGACCUGACUUCAAAGAGAUUGAAGGUGGAAAUUUGGUGGGAUGGGUGUUUCAGAAAAUGGAGAAGGGACAAGCUGCUGAUGUUCUCGACCCGACCAUUCUCAACGCAGACACUAAGCAGAUGAUGCUUCAAGUGCUUAAGAUUGCUUUCAUUUGCCUGUCAGAGAAUCCUGCCAAUAGGCCUAGCAUGCUUCAAGUGCUCAAGUUCCUUAAAGGGUUAAAAGAUGAUCAUUAAACUGCAGCUCAUGUCCUCAGUUUGAUGGUAGAUUCAUAGCUUUGUUAUUACAUUAGCAUAUUAGUACAACUAGGGCGCUGAUAGAACUGUUAAACUGCAAAAUUACUAGUUUUCUAAUCUAAUCAAAAAUCAAGAGUUUACUCUUCUUGA